AUUGGUGAUGUCCAGGUCAACUGUGCCCCAGGGGGCAGUCAUGAACCUCGGGACUCAUUCUUCUGUGUCAGCCAGUGCCUGCCCUGGUCUGGGGACAGCUCAAGAUGGGGCAACUGGUGACCCACCCCCCUAGUCUACAAGGAGAAAGGGGGAGCUGAGCAGGACUUGGGGUCUUUGCCAGGCCACCCCCUUUCUCUCUUGGUGAAAUGAGGAAAAGGGCUUGGAGACGGCGUGGCUGGUCAGGGUGGUGACAUGUUUAUCCAGAGCUCUACGCUGGUGCCUGCACUCAUCCCUUAGGGGGAGAGGGCUGCCGAGUCAAGAGGGGCCCUGCCCUCAUUGCCCGCCAGGUCUUUGAUCUCUGACCACAUCCAGGGGUGGGGGCCUAGGGUGCAGGCUCAGAACUUCCGCCCCUGCUAAACCCUGAUUCACCUGGUGGUGGCCUCUGCGGACCAAGCUCCUCAGCGGGUGGGGUAGACAGAAAUGGGAUGCUCUGCCCCAAGUCUGCGUGCCAGCCUCUCUGCCCUCCAGGCCCUCCCUUAACCAUCCCACCCCAUUUAACACUCACCUUGAGGUUAUUGCCACAGACCCCAUUUCCCACAUGAAGCAACUGGGGUUUCACUAUGGACAGUUGACCCAAGUUGAGGUUUUUUACCUCUGGGACAUUUUACCUCUUGCCAUUUCCUGUACCCUCAUGCUUGAAGUUGCUGUGUGCGUGUGUGGGUGCCAUGAGGAAGGGGGUGACAGGUGGCGAGAGCAGUGCAUGGAGUUUUUUUUGGUUCCAGUGGCUGGCUUAGAAGGGAGAGACUCGGGUGUAACGAGAUCAGAUAGGAGACGGGCCAGGAACUAAGAAUAGGUUUGGGCCUAGGCUCCUGGCUCAGGUUGGGGUGUGCUGGUGCCAGCCAGGAAGUAGGCUGCUGAAGCCAGAGAACAGAGCAGGGAGUGGGGAGCAGGGCCCAGGGUUCCAGGGACAGGGACAGAGUCCGGUUCAGCUCAUAAAUAGCAGAUAGGACGGGGCUUAGGGAGAGGGCAAGGGUUGGGGCCCAGCACAUUGGUGCAGGAGCCAGGAGGUGAGUUUGUGCUCAGAGGAAGCCACCACCUAGUGCCCAUGGCCUUCUUGGUGGCUGGGACCCUACAGGUGGCCUCGCAGAUGGCAGAUGCUCAGGAGAGCCUGGAAAGAAAGGGGAAGUACAGCGUGCGAGGCCUAAGGGUAGCCCUGACGCUCAGCAGCCCUGAGGUGUCGGCCUCUACAGUCGCUGUCCUGGAUGGCGUGUUCCGGGCCUUGGGCUUUGAGAGCUGCCGGAGGAGGGAGGCCUCGGUCCAGGGCUUCCCUGGGGAGCUGGCUGGGUUCCUGGAGCAGCUACAUGCCCACAGAGGCCCUGUGGGCUGCGCUCUAGUGGCCGCGGUGGCUCCCAGGGGGCAGCUGAGGCGGCCACGGCAGCUGGUCCGUGAGCUGAGUUGCUGUGGGGCCCUGCGGGGCUGCCCCAAAGUCUUUCUGCUGCUCUCAAGUACUCCUGGGGCAGCCCCCGAGCCGGGAGCCUUCCUCAGCGGCCUGCAGGAGCUCUGUGGCCGCUCUCCUCACUGGCCUCUGCUGCAGCUGCUGACAGAGGUCUUCUGCAGGACGGCAGAAGAGACCUCAGGGACCACCUACUGCCCAGUCCUGCGGAGCUCCCUUCGGGGCGCGCUGUGCCUGGGGGACGUGGGGCCCUGGGGGCCCGAGCCAGCACCUGGCCCCAGUGCUCAGUAUGACCUGUCUGGAGCCAGAGCUGCGCUCCUCCUGGCUGUGAUCCAGGGCCGGCCCGGGGCCCGGCAUGAUGUGGAGGCACUGGGGGGCCUCUGUGAGGCCCUGGGCUUCGAGACCACACUGAGGACAGACCCUACAGCCCAGGCUUUCCUAGAGGAGCUGGCCCAGUUCCGGGACCGCCUGGAUACCCAUAGGGGCCCUGUGAGCUGUGCCCUUGUGGCCCUGAUGGCCCAUGGGGGGCCUCAGGGCCAACUGCUGGCGGUUGAUGGGCAAGCGGUGUGGCCAGAGGCACUGGUGCAGGAGCUGAGUGGCUGCAGGGCCCUGCGGGGCUGCCCCAAGAUCUUCCUGCUUCAGGCUUGCCGUGGAGGGCACAGGGAUGCUGGCACAGGGCCCACACUUCUCCCCUGGUUCCAGCGCUGGCUGCGGGCGCCACCAGCCACUUCCUCCCAUGCAGAUGUCCUCCAGAUCUAUGCCGAUGCCCAAGGCGGCAUCUGCAGUGGCCCCACUCCAGGGAGCUGUGACCAAGCAGACAUCCUGACUGUCUAUGCAACUGCUGAGGGCUGUGUAGCGUAUCGGGAUGAGAAGGGCUCAGACUUCAUUCAGACACUGGUGGAGGUGCUCAGAGCUGAACCCCAGGGAGACCUUCUGGAGUUGCUGACUGAGGCCAACCGACAGGUGUGUGAACUGGACGUGCUGGGCCCUGACAGCGAUGAGCGACGCAAGGCCUGCCUGGAGAUCCGCAGUUCGCUGAGGCGCCGGCUGUGCCUGCAGGCCUGACCUCACCUGUGGCUACCCAGGCGGUGCUGGCAAUGGGGGGUUACACCCCAGCCACCACCAACUCCAUCCACUCUCCGGUUUCCUCAUGGGUAAAUGGGCAGACAGCACGAUCGCUGGGCUCGACUGGCGUGCAAUAAACAUCUGUUGAUUGCUG